CUGUCAAAUAAAAAGAUUGUUUUUGAUUUUAAUAAUAUUAUGAAUCUAUAUUUGACAAAAAUCUGAUUUUAAAUAUGAUUUUCAGUUUGAUAACUUAUGGAAUAAUUUUAUUAUGUUUUCAAGAAAACAUGUGCCAAGUAUCUGGAGAAUUAGGAAUUAUAGAACCAGAUGACUCCCAACAAGCAUCAACUUUCAAUGAUCAUGUUGAUACUGAAAAAAUAUCUAAAAAAGCAAAACAUAUUAUACAAGCUCAAAAUGUUGUUAUUCAACAUCCCAAUAGGUACAAGUGUUAUUCAUGUGACCCACCCGAUUGCAGUAUAAGCAGUGUUACUGAGCAUUGUAAUAAUGCUAUACAGUGCUGGAAAUCCACAGUUCGUGGUCCUGAUGGGAACGUUAUGGUAUCUAGAGGAUGUACUACGAGUUCAGAUCAAAUACCAUUUGUAUGUCGAUCUUCUGGAAAUUUGACUACAGGUCUAAAUAGCAUAAGUAAAAGACACACAUCGUCAGCUACUCAAUAUCACAUAGAAUGCUGUACUGGGGAUUAUUGUAAUAAUGGUUCUUUUCCUAUUCUGCAUCCACAUCCAUAUAGUAGAGAUAAAGUUCAACCGUACCCUGAAUACUUUGGGUAUGCUUUCAAGUUGUGCUUGGCAAUCUUAGGCCCAAUAGUUGUUUUAAGUUUAGUUGUUGGAAUGAUUUUAAUUAUCAUGAGAAGACUGCAUCGUAAACGACUCAUGAGGAAUCGAAAACGAGACCCUGAAACUUAUUAUGCUGGAGAUGAUGUUGUGAGAGCUACAGCUGCAGGAGACAGUACAUUAAGGGAAUAUUUAGAACACUCUAUGACAUCAGGUUCAGGUUCAGGAUUGCCCUUACUGAUUCAACGAACUUUAGCAAAGCAAGUUACUUUAGCAGAAUGCAUUGGAAAAGGAAGAUAUGGUGAAGUCUGGCGAGGUGUUUUAUAUGGAGAAAAUGUUGCUGUAAAAAUAUUUUUUUCUAGAGAUGAGGCAUCGUGGCGAAGGGAAACUGAAAUUUAUAGCACUAUACUUCUACGACAUGAUUGCAUUUUAAGAUAUUUGGGAUCAGAUAUGAUUUCAAGAAAUAGCUGUACGCAGUUAUGGUUAUUGACACAUUACCAUCCAUUAGGCUCUUUGUACGAUCACCUGAACAGAACAACCUUGACUCAUAACCAAAUGGCACAUAUUUGUCUUUCAAUUGCAGUUGGAUUGGUUCACUUACAUUCAGAAAUUUUUGGAACAGAGGGCGAAGGUAAACCAGCUAUGGCUCAUCGUGAUAUCAAAUCAAAGAAUAUUCUUGUGAGAGUAAAUGGAACAUGUGUUAUAGCUGAUUUUGGUUUAGCAGUUACACAUACACAAUCUACAGGAGCUCUAGAUGUUGCAUCUAAUCCAAGAGUUGGAACUAGACGGUAUAUGGCUCCUGAGGUUCUUGAUGAAAGCAUCAACAUGCAAUGCUUCGAAGCCUUCAGGCGCGCCGAUAUCUACGCUCUGGGUCUUGUACUAUGGGAGGUCGCUAACAGAACUCUUUCGAAUGGCAUUGCUGAAGAAUAUAGGCCACCUUACUACGACGUCGUGCCUUCUGAUCCAAGCUUUGAGGAUAUGCGCAAAGUGGUCUGCGUUGACCAGCACAGACCCAGUACACCUAACAGAUGGUCAUCAGAUCCGACAUUAUCGGGCAUGGCUAAAUUGAUGAAGGAAUGCUGGCACCAUAAUCCAAGUGUUCGGCUGCCUGUACUUCGUGUACAAAAGACUCUACUUAAAUUGGCACAAGCCGAUCCUGAAAUAAGACUCGAUACAGACACUGAUGUUUGUGUGUGAAUUUGUUACUGUAAGUAUAUAGGUGUAUAACAUUUUGGAAUGUUCGAAUGUGUAUGAUUGAUAUGAUGAAGCAAUUAUAUGGUGCUAUACAUAAGCUAUAUAUUGUAGCUUAAAUUGUAAAAUUGCUUUUUUAUCAUUUGAAAAAAAAAAUACUGUUCAGAUUUCUUGCAGAUUUUAACGGUGUUUUGAAAGACUAUGUGUGUUGCUUUUUAUUAGUUUAACAGAUUAUAACAUUUUCAAGAAAGUAUU